AUGGUCUACAUCGCCGGCGAGGAGAUGUCACGCUACACCAUGGAGCUGAUCAUGAAGAAGUGGGUGGAGCCCUCAAUCGACACCUCAAAGUGGGAGUUCUACGACCUCAGCUGCAAGGCGCGGGACGAGACCAAUGACCAGGUUCUCAAGGAUGCUGUUGCGGCCGGUGCCCGGAUCGGCUCCAUCUUCAAGGAGCCUACCAUUACCCCAACCAAGGAGCAGAUGGCAGAGAUGGGGCUGAGCAAAGCGCUGGGCUCCCCCAAUGGCGCCAUGCGAAGAGGAUGGAACGGCAUCACCAUCUCGCGGGACACGAUCCACAUCCCCGGUAUCGAGCUCGGCUUCAAAAGGCCUGUUCUCUUCGAGCGCCACGCAGUGGGUGGCGAGUAUGGUGCUGGCUGGAAGAAGGUGAGCAAGGGCCGCCUCCUCACGACCUUCUUCCCAGAGAACAUGGACGAGGGGAAGCCGAUCAUCGUGGACGGGAGGGAGCUCAAGGAUGAUCGGAGCGUGUGUGUGGUCUAUGACAACCCUCUGGACAACGUAGAGGACCUCGCGCACAUCUUCUUCCAGCGAUGCUUGGAGGCAAAUGUGGUGCCCUACGUGGUCACCAAGAAGACCGUCUUCAAGUGGCAGGAGGGCUUCUGGCAGAUCAUGCGGGAUGUAUUCAACGCCGAGUACAAGGCUGGCGCGACGCCGCGGCUUGAAGUGGAGAAGACGGGAGGAGAGCUGCAGCACUUGAUCAGCGACGCUGCCACCAUGCAGAUCAUUCGGUGGACUGAUGGUGGUUUUGGCAUGGCUUGCCACAACUACGAUGGCGACAUGCUUACGGAUGAGGUGGCACAGGUGCAUCGAAGCCCGGGCUUUAUCACGUCGAACCUCAUCGGGAAGCGAGAGGAUGGUGCUUUGAUCAAGGAGUUCGAGGCCUCUCAUGGCACCGUGGCCGACCUCUGGCACGCCCACUUGCGUGGUGAAGAGACAUCCAUGAAUCCGCUGGGAAUGGUGGUUGCCUUGUUCGGGGCGAUGGACCAUGCAGCAGCCCUGGCAAACGACCCAAAGAUCCUCGAGCAAACGAGUAAAUUUACAGGAUGUGCCCGGGCAGCCGUCUACGCUGCCUUCCGUGAUGGGCGAGGAACCAGGGACAUGGUUGGUCCCAAAGGGUUGACCACGGAGAAGUUUGUAGACUCUGCCGGGCGCACAGCUGCCGGACAGUCUCUGAUCACGGUGGGUCCUACUUACUUCUGCGUCUGCAAUCAGCCGAUGGGUGCCGGCCUUGGAUUCAAGAGCCUGAAAGUGUUCGAUGGGACCGAGCUCGCGGCCAAGCCCGAAGCGGCCAAGGUGGCUAGCUCAGCUCUGAGCGAGGAGCUCAGUAGGAGUGCCCUGCUUACGUAUCGUGUUCCCCCGGUUGCUCAGGAAGAGCCCGUGGUGAAGGUGUCUCGGUACAGGCGAAACUACAAGGUCGAUGAGAAGGCCAUGAAAGACAUGUUCAACCGCCUUGUGCCCAGAGGCUUCGACACGGACUCAAGCGGCAAGAUCGACUUCGAGGAGUUCGUCGAGCUGGCGUUGGAGCUGGGCAUCGCUCCUCUGGAGGCAGAGGCCGUCAGGGCCGAAAUGGAGCACCAGGAGCACAAGGUCGUGUGCGUCAUGCCGGCAUGUGAAUUUCCAGAUGGCGUGCUGCGGGCUUCCCUUACCCCUUACAUCGAAACCGCAGAAAGUGGAAGUGGAAGAAGGUCGCAAGAUGUAGCAACGGUUGCGCUGGUUGCUACAGCGCGCGAAAUGAAGUGCGGGCGUGCGGUGGAGCACCUCUAUCGUGCACAGCUGUGGCAGACAUUGCCGGCAUCCGUGUCAGCUGUUGAUGUCCCGACGCACAAAGGAGCGACGCAAGCGGCGUGGGAGCAGUUCACGGGAGAAGACGGUGAAGAAUGGCAAGGGCAGGCGGAAGCGGCCACGUCGCCAUGCCAAGAAGCAGGCAAGAAGCAAGUCUGCGAGCUUGGCUACAACGUCUCCCGCCGCCUCAUCCUCACCGAAGGCGCGCGCAGGAUCUGGGCCUCCCUCGCCCGUGUCCGCGUCGCCUUGCUCUCAAGCAAGCCUGGACCACAUUCCCGCCUCGCCCAUGUCAGCAUCCCCUGGCCUUCCUCCGUUUGA